AUGGCUCGUACCAAGCAAACUGCUCGCAAGUCCACUGGUGGCAAGGCCCCAAGAAAGCAGCUCGCCUCCAAGGCCGCUCGCAAGUCUGCCCCAAGUACUGGAGGUGUCAAGAAGCCCCACAGAUAUAAGCCUGGUACCGUCGCUCUCCGUGAGAUUCGUCGCUACCAGAAGUCCACUGAAUUGCUCAUCCGCAAGCUUCCCUUCCAGCGUCUUGUUCGUGAAAUCGCUCAAGACUUCAAGUCCGACCUUCGAUUCCAGUCAUCCGCCAUCGGCGCUCUUCAAGAGUCCGUUGAGGCAUACCUCGUCUCUCUCUUUGAGGACACCAAUCUGUGCGCAAUCCACGCCAAGCGUGUCACCAUCCAGUCCAAGGACAUCCAGCUUGCCCGUCGUCUCCGUGGUGAACGAUCUUAG